CCCAAAUAAUAAUGCGACUUCUGGAUAUAAAUUGCAAAGUGAAACAUUGAAGAUUAAAAGAAAAAAGAUAUUGUUGUAGUAAUAACAAAAACGAUGGUAUUGUUGUAAUAAUAACAAUGCGAGAAAUAUUCAACAUGCUACGGACGGAAAAAAAUAUUGAGUUCUCAGAUAACUGUAGAUUUGAGUUGCGCACUAAACAUAGUCGGUCGAGUCGGCGUACCUAAAAAACAGAGUUAAAUUUUUAUCUUCUCAAAGUGUUUAACACGUUAUUGCCGCGUGAUGCAGCAACCUAAAAUUCUACUGCCCAGAGAAAAAAUUGUGACAAGAAUAAUUAAAAAAAAAAAAAAAAAAAAUGCAUUUCUUAAUUCUCAUCAUCUUUAGUAAUAUUUUUCCGAAUAUCGAAUGUUCGAAUGAAUUUUGUUCCAUUGAUGGACGAGAUUCGUGCGAAGACGGUCGACAAAAUGAAAAAGAUGUCGAAGAUUUGGACAUAAAGUACAGAGAGCUCAGUGAUGAAAUUUGGAAAGCGGAAGAUCGUUAUGAACCUUGUGAAGCUUCAAAAUGUGGUUGUUUCACGGGCACAAUAACCCAGGAUUUGGAGCCAUUCGCAUCUGGCAUAAAUCUUGAAAUGAUAGAAAACGCAAGAUCUCGGGGUACUUUGUAUCAGUUGAUCGGCGGUCGCUUGUACAGAGACGAAGAAUGCAUGUUCCCUUCUCGUUGCGCGGGAAUAGAAUACUUUAUUCUCAAGGUAGCAAAAAAAAUUAAUCGUGACAUAGAAUUUGUGGUGAAUACACGGGAUUAUCCGCAGUCCGCUCGAUAUUUUGGAACGGCGCAACCAAUUUUUUCAUUCAGCAAGACUCCGGAAUACUUUGAUAUUCGCUAUCCGGCUUGGUCGUUUUGGGAAGGCGGUCCGGCGAUAUCUCUGUAUCCUCGAGGGUUAGGACGAUGGGACGAGCACAGAAAGUCUAUAAACAAAUCGAGUACCCUUCAUCCCUGGGAGACCAAACUGAAAAGAGGUUUCUUCCGGGGCUCCCGAACGAGCACCGAGCGAGACAAUUUAAUUCUCCUCAGCCGAAAAAAGGCUCAUCUGCUUGACGCCGCUUACACAAAAAAUCAGGCAUGGAGAUCAAAACGAGAUACUCUGGAUGCCGAACCUGCGGAAGAAGUUUCGCUCGAAUCGCAUUGUCGAUACAAAUAUCUAUUCAAUUAUCGUGGCGUCGCGGCUUCUUUUCGGCACAAACAUUUAUUCUUGUGCCGUUCCUUGGUCUUUCACGUUGGAGACGAGUGGACCGAGUUUUAUUACGAAGUCAUGAAACCCUGGAUUCAUUAUAUUCCUGUUCAUAAAGAUGCCAGCCAGCAACAAUUGGAGCACUUGUUAAACUUUGCAAGGGACAACGACAAUUUGGUGAAAAAAAUUGCCGAUCGUGGAAGAGAUUUCAUCUGGAAUAAAUUACGGAUGCAGGACGUGACGUGUUUCUGGAGAAGGCUGUUACAAAGAUAUUCAAAACUUUUGACAUACGAGCCACGAUUGCGAAAUAAUUUGAAAGAAAUCAGUUGAAGGAGUUUCUAUUCGUUAUUUAACACAUAUAUUUUUAUAAUACAUCGCGUAUAGUAUUGAAAGAAAAAAAAAAAAAUGGGAAGACGGUCGUCAGUAAAGAAGAAGGCGAAGAACUAAAAUAUGCAUAGCUCCCUUUAUUACUAAUAUUACGGUUAUGCAUAUACAUGACUAUGGAAGAUAUAAUACAAUGCGGAGGUUUCGAUGGAAUAAAACAGUGCAAAAGUA